CUAUUAUUAUUUAUUGUAUACCUAAUGAAUGCUCAAUGAAAUUCGUUUGUUUACCAUUCACAAGUGCAACAGCUGCAUUUCACAGGCAUCCGGCAACGCCAGCGAAAGCUUAACGGUAAACGUAUCAAUGCCAAUCAGCCAUCAGCAAACGUUUUAUGACGGUCUGGCAACGCGCAGACUUCUUGGCGGCGAAUUUAAGUUGUGGUGAGAAGCAAUAAACAAAUGAAACUUGGACUGCAAUUAAACGCAAAAAAAAACGAGGAAGCAACGCGUGUUCUGACACGAUUGUAGCAGGUGCACGUCGGGUUUCGCAUCAGCAGCAGUUACUCAUCAUCAUCUAUCUAUCUUAUCAGUGCGUUUCAAUGUGACGUUGAAGGUUAAACGGGCGUCUCGACACUGUGGCUUUUUGCUAAUUGGACUGCGCGCGCAGCGAGCAACGCGACAGCAAAACUGGAGGCGUUGGAGCAACAACAGCAACAACAACGAGCAGCAUCCACCAUCACCAUCACCACCACCGCCACCUUGGAACGUAUCUAGGCAAUAAACAGUCAUAAUAAUCGGGCAGCGGGCUCAACGCUGUGCUCGGCCACACACAUAAAUUCAGUCUUAACGCUGAGCGCGAACAAGUGAACAACAUCAUCAUCCAUAACCAUUCCGACACAGAGUUCAAAUCAUGGCACCGCGGCAUAUUUUGGAACUAAGCGUCGAGGAGCAGCGCAAAUUUAUCGACUCCUUCGACAUGAUGAUCAGCGAUUGUGAUGGUGUCGUUUGGCUUCUUGUCGGCUGGAUACCCGGCACUGGGGAGGCCAUCAAUGCACUCAAGGAUGCCGGCAAAGCGGUCAAAUUUGUGUCCAACAAUAGCUUUCGCACCGAUGAUCAAUAUAUGGAGAAAUUUAAUACAAUUGGCGCUCGCAAUGUGCAGCACGAUGACAUUGUGCAUCCGGUGAAAAGUAUUGUACGCUAUUUGCAUACGCUUGGCAAAGGCAAAAAGCAGCGUGUCUAUUCCCUCAUGUCACUGGAGGCCAAUGAAACGUUGCGUAAGCAUGGCAUCGAAUACGAGUCACUGCAAAUCAAGGAACAUUUAACAUCGGCGACGCUCGUCGAUUAUCUGGCUAUUGACAAGCCGGUGGAUGCGGUGCUCUUCGACAUACAUCUGGACAUGUCGUACGUGGAAUUGGCCAAAGCCAUUCGUCAUUUGCAGCAAAAUGAGAAUUGCCAUUUGAUUGCCGGAGGCAGUGAUGUGAUUAUGCCACUGGCGGAUAAUCUAAAUGUGGCUGGUUUCUACGAUUUCUUGCAGCAUGUGAAACGCUACACAAACCGCGAGGCCACAUAUUUGGGCAAACCAUCGCCCAUUCUGGGCGAGAUGUUGAAGAGCAUGUACAAUAUUACGCAGCCCGAGCGUUGCAUCUUUGUCGGGGAUAUGCUGGUGCAGGAUGUGCAAUUUGGCAAAUCGUGUGGCUUUCAAUCGUUGCUUGUACUCUCCGGCAGCCUGACCAUCGAUGAUAUGCAUGCAGCACCGCCGGAAGCGCAGCCCGAUUAUUAUGCUGAUAGUCUGGCGGACUUGACGCAGCUGUUAAAGAACGUGCAAAACAAAUCGUAAAGUGUCUGUCGCCCAAUCACUUUAUUUCAUGUUGAUGUUGGCUGUUGUUUUGCUUGUUGUCCAGUUGCAUUCAAAAAUAAAAUAUAUAUAUACAUAACCACUACAGUUCCA